AUGCCAAACAUCCAAAGGCGGUCCGGUGGUCUCGAAACGCAGGACAUCGUAGGGAUCGCAGUUGGGGUGCCCGCUGCCAUAUUCGCAUUUAUUAGUGCCAUCAUCGCCCUUUGCGCUUGGAAAUUCCCAAAGUCUAUUCCAGGACAAGUCGGUGCGUCUAUAGCCCGAAGCAUUCGACCUCUUCUUCAGCAGAACGCCGCCUCCUAA